UUUUCGAUACAACUUCAAGAUGCUCGAAAUCUUUUAAACAAUUUUUUGGUGAUUAAAAAUUCUUUUCACUGUUGGUGGUGCGAUUUGAUACAAGUACAAUGAAAAUCAUCACCACUUCAAAUAAACAAAAUCAUCCGCCAACAUCAAAAUCGGCAGCCGUAAAACGCAGGCGUUACUUAAUAUGAAAUUGUUUCUUCCCCUCCAAAGGCACCUCACGGACAUGUGCAUUAAUCCAUAAGGCUGUCCCUGCAAUCAGCGAGCUUCCUUUUGUGCAUAGAAGGCAUUUUUUGGAAAGACUCGGUGAUCUGUUCAAAGCAUGCCCAGCAGCCAGCAGUCUUCUCUUCUCUGGAGCAAAAAGGCUACACUUUGAAAUCAAAAUACUUUAGUUCAGCACAAAGCAAAGAAAAGAACGAUGAGGCAGAGAUCAAUUUCAGGCAAGAAUGGUACAUCAGAUCCCAGUUUGAAUUUCAAAUCAGGAUCUGAAAUCCAAAAACAAGUUAGGAGUGGCAAUGGCAAUAAUCAUUUCUGGACUGAAAGAAAUAUUUUCAUAGGUUGUUUAGGGUUCAGAAUUAUCAAUGCUUUGCUUGUACAAACAUAUUUCAACCCUGACGAACACUGGCAAGCUCUUGAAGUUGCACAUCGUAUUGUUUUUGGAUAUGGUCAUUUAACAUGGGAAUGGGAGAAGGGUAUUCGGAGCUAUCUUCAUCCUUUGAUAUUUGCUUUGUUGUACAAGAUACUUGCCAUAUUUCAACUGGACACAGUUUGGUUCAUGAUUAAGACUCCUCGGCUUCUUCAGUCUUUAUUUGCGGCAAUUGGAGAUAUCUACUUGUACAAGCUAGCUGAUCGUUGUUUUGGCAAGCAUGUUUCACAAUGGGCACUCUUUUGUCAGAUGACAAAUUGGUUUAUGUUUUUCUGUAUUACUCGAACCUUGUCAAAUAGCUUGGAGACAGUGCUGACAAUUGUAUCUCUGUUUUACUGGCCCUUUUAUACAUCUCUUCCUGGUGAAGCACAUUACUCUCCUAUGUCAAGAAAGAUAGCUCUUUUUGUAGCAGCAAUAUGUUGCGCUAUUCGGCCCACAAGUGCAGUUUUGUGGUUUUAUCUUGGUAUCAUACAUUUGUACAAGGCACACGACAAAACAAAGUUUCUUUUCUUUGAGCUCAUUCCAAUUGGGGCCAUUGUACUUGUCACAACAUGUUUAUUGGACCGCUGGAUGUAUGGAACUUGGAUAUUGGUGCCUCUGAAUUUUUUGAAAUUCAAUUUUCUUUCAGCUGGCGGAGAUUAUUAUGGAACACACCCUUGGCACUGGUACUUUACACAGGGUUUUCCUGCAAUGGCCUUUACAUUCUUACCUCUUUCGGUAGCUGGUAUUUGGCUAUCAAAAGAAUGGCAGUUAGCUGGAUUGAUUGGAUGGGUUUUGGGGCUUUAUAGUGUCCUUGGCCACAAAGAAUUUAGGUUUGUUCUGCCAGUACUCCCAAUUACCAUGAUGUUUAGUGGAUACUCACUGGCCGAGCUGGACAAGCAUAGUUUUCCUUCACAACAAAAAAUGGGAAAGUUAAAUGAAACUAAAAAAUGGUCGUGGAAAUUUUAUGUCAUCUUCAUCCUGCUCAUAACAAAUAUUCCAACAGCUUUAUAUAUGAGUUUGGUGCAUCAGAGAGGGAGUGAAGCUGUAAUGAUUUUUCUAGCCAAGGAGGCAGACAAGGGCCAUGUCCAGAGUGUGACCUUUUUAAUGCCUUGCCAUGCAACUCCUUAUUAUGCAUCAGUGCACAAAAAUUUGACAAUGCGCUUCCUGGACUGUACUCCAAGUGAUGUUGGCAGCAGUACAGAGCAGAUUAUGGACGAAUCGGAUUGUUUUAUUAGAGACCCAUUAGGUUUUGCAUCAAAUAUGCUUGACAGUCUGCCUCUACCAAGUCAUCUAGUGCUAUUUGAUGCUCAGGAAGUGCAAUUGAGAGAUAUUUUGGCUUUGCAUGGUUACAUAAAGGCUCAAAAAUAUUUUCAUUCACAUUUUCGAGUUGAUCGUGAGCUACAAGGUUAUGUUGUGGUUUACAUCCAGCACCAAACUGUUUGAAUUUUUGUCUGCACAGUGCACCUUUUCCUAGUAAUCUUUUCUAAAAAUGACAUGGUGUAAAAUAAUUAAUAGGUGCGGACCCGAAUGCUCUACAGAAAUUGGACAGGAUGAACAAUGUGACAGUUUUAUAGAAACACUAACACCCUAGCAUCUAGUUUCAUAUGAUGCCUUCUCCUUAGCAAGGCAUAAUCCAAAUUUUAAAAUGAAACAGAGGAUUGCUAAUGGCAAUAUUGUUUUUUAUCUUCACUUAUAGGCAGGAAAAGCUUAAUUAACUCUUCCAUUACCUCUGUGAGUUGUCUGCACAUAUUUUUUAUUGUCUAAUGAAAGAUCCCAGAUCCAAUCAUGGCAGUGAAUUUUGGUGAUUGGAUGUUUAAUAUAAUUGUUUCUUAUGUA